AUGUUCGAGGCCGACUUUCGUGACGAACACACGGAGAAGAAGGUAUCACAAGAAGACCGACGAUUCUUGAGGAUAAUGGAGGAGAACUUCCAUCAGAGAGCCGACAAACACUUCGAAGGACCACUUCCUCUGAAGGACCAGAAUGUGAAGUUCCCAGACAACAAGAAGCUGGCAUUGAAGCGGCUUUUCUGCCUGAAAAGAAGACUCGCUAACGACAAGAAGUUCAGCGAUGACUACAACAAGUUCAUGGCCGACUCGUUCAACAAGGGAUAUGCGGAGCGGGUGCCAGAAGACGAACUGGGAAACGACGAUGGAAGGGUCUGGUUCGUCCCUCACCACGGUGUCUACCACGCAAAGAAAGGGAAAAUCAGAGUCGUCUACGACUGCAGCGCUGAAUACCAAGGAUUCUCGCUGAAUAACAGCCUUCUCCAAGGACCAGACUUCAUCAACAAUCUGCUGGGCGUAAUCAUCCGCUUCAGAAAAGAUGAAGUGGCGAUCAGCUGCGACAUCCAGGAGAUGUUUAAUCAGGUGCUCGUGACUGAGCAGCACAGGGAUCUGCUCAGAUUCCUGUGGUGGGAAAACGGCGACUUAUCCGGAGAGCCCGUCCAGUAUCGGAUGAAGACUCAUCUCUUCGGCGCGGUCUCCUCCCCCGCAUGCGCGAUGUACGCCCUGAACGCUACGGCAGACACGUACGAGCAGAAGUACGGGAAAGAAGCGGCAGAUUUUGUCAGACACAACUUCUACGUGGACGAUGGGCUCAUCAGCGUUCCGGAUGCCGACACUGCUGCGCGUCUAGCCAUGGACACGAUCCACCUGUGCGCAGAUGGAGGAUUCAAACUCAACAAACGCUACGUCUCCAACAAGGGCAAGAUCAAGAUUUACGAGUUGCAUCACUUCUCCGAUGCAAGUACAUCUGGCUACGGUCAGGUUACCUACCUGCGAACCAUCGAUGAGCUUGGACACAUCUGUUCGGGUCUCGUGAUCAGCAAGGCGAAGGUGACGCCCAAGCGGGCAGUCACGAUCCCGCGGCUCGAGCUGACCGCGGCGGUCCUCUCCGUGAAGGUCGCGAGCUUCUUGGACAAGAAGCUCAACAUCCGGAACCUGCGCCACUUCUUCUGGACCGACAGCAUGGUCGUGCUCGGUUAUAUCGGCAAUGAGAGCAGAAGGUUUCAAGUUUUCGUUGCUAACCGAGUUCAACAGAUACGGGAACACACUGUCCCGGACCAAUGGAGAUUCGUGAAAUCUGAGGACAAUCCAGCAGAUCUGGCCUCCCGUGGCCUCGAUGCAAGUGAGCUCAAGAACUGUGACCUCUGGUGGCACGGACCCAAGUUCUUGAUGGAUUCGGCAGAGCUCUCAGCAGAACCAUGGUUCGUCGAGGUACAAGAAGACGAUCCAGAGGUGAAGAAAACAAGAGUGUUGGUCACCAGCAGCCGACAAGACGACGCCAAGUUUGAUCUGUCAAGCCGACUUGUUCCCUUUUCAAGCUGGUUCCGCGCCAAGAAGGCAGUAGCGAUCUGCCUACGAUACAGACGACGACUCCUGAACCGAAUCAGGCAAAAGCGGACCUGCAGCACAACCACUGAAGGUAUGGAGGAGAGCAAAUCGCUGACAGACAUGCCCAUUGACACAGAUGAGCUGAACGACGCAGAAGUAACCAUUCUGAAGAACGUUCAGGAAGAUGAAUUCGAAGAGGAGUUGGUGAACCUGGCAACUCAAGAGGAUCCGACGACAGAUCGGAAACAAGUCAAGAAGCGGAGCAGCGUGCGCCGUCUGGACCCGUUUCUUGCCAGAGAUGGACUCUUGCGAGUAGGCGGACGGCUGAGGAGAAGCGAUCUGCCCCUGGAGACGGCACACCCUGUGAUACUGCCAAAGGAUCACCACGUCAGCCGCCUCAUCAUCGCGCACUUCCAUGAAAAGACCAAGCACUCAGGCCGAACGAUGACGCUGAGCGAGAUUCGGCUGUCCGGAUUUUGGAUUCUUCACGGAAGAACGGCGGUAUCUCGGUACAUACAGAAGUGCGUCAAAUGCAUCAAGCUCAGAGGAACACCGUGCGGCCAGAAGAUGGCAGACCUGCCGGAGGAGAGAGUGGGACAGAUGGAACCGUUCACCUAUUCCGGAUGUGACUGUUUCGGACCCUUCAUCAUCAAAGAGCGUCGCAGCGAGCUGAAGAGAUGGGGCAUCGUGUUUACGUGCAUGAGCUCGAGAGCCGUUCACCUCGAGACUCUGAACUCGCUGACUGCAGACGCUUUCAUCAACGCCUACCGACGUUUUGUUAGUCGGAGGGGACCAGUCAGAAAGCUCUUCUGCGACAACGCCACGAAUUUCAUCGGUGGCGAGGGAUACCUCAUGGCAGCACUCAACGAGAUGGACCGAGAUCAGGUCAGGAGGACCAUCCUGAAGGACAACUGCGACAUCGUGGAAUUCGACCACAUCACCCCACGGGCUAGUCACAUGGGCGGCGCCUGGGAGCGCCAGAUACGACAACGCUGGAGGAGGGUCCAGUAUCUCUCCAACCAGUUCUGGCUCCGCUGGAGGCGGGAGUUUCUGCCAACUCUCCAAGAGCGUCGCAAGUGGAACCGGACGGAGCUGAAUCUCGAGCCAGGCGACGUCGUGAUCAUCGUCGACGCUGACGCCCCGCGAUGCAGCUGGCCUCUGGGCCGCGUGGUUUCCACGUACCCGAGCAGUGAUGGACUGUUAUAA